GGUGAAUGUAAUAAUAAUUGUUAAAAAGGAUAUGAAUCAUUGAGCUAAUUAAAGAGCCACAAGGUAUAUAUAUGGUUGUGUCAUCGAGCCAAGAUUUAAGGAAAACCUUUCUGAAAAACUUUGCUGGGGUUGAAACUCGUCUUUCGUGACUUCGUUUUGUCUCUACGGCUCACGUAUGUUACCAGCAGCGCAGCCUGCGAGGCUGGACGCAGGCGUGAGGAGUGCACACUCCAAGAGGUACAGCAUGCCACAUGGACGUACAGAAUCGUACAUCCGGGAGUUUCCGGUAUAACUGUACAGUUUGAAACUUUGGUGAGUGAGCAUACCCAGGUAGUCGGGGGUCACGCAAGAUCCAGCAAGCAUCCAGCAACAUAUACGAUGGGGAAAGAUCGCGUUGGCGCCUCUGGAAAGAAAUUCCGUAUGACACUUGGUCUCCCUGUUGGUGCCGUCCUCAACUGUGCCGACAACAGCGGUGCCAAGUCACUAUUCAUAAUCGAGCCUUAUGGUUUCGGUGCACGACUGAACAGAUUGCCUGAUGCUGGUGUUGGUGACAUGGUCGUUGCAUCAGUAAAGAAGGGGAAACCUGAACUGAGGAAAAAAACUAUGCCCGCUGUUGUUGUCCGCCAACGUAAGGCAUGGCGUCGGAGAGAUGGUGUUUUCUUGUACUUCGAGGACAACGCCGGUGUUAUUGUUAACCCCAAGGGUGAUAUGAAGGGCUCCGUCAUCGUUGGCCCUGUCGCAAAAGAAUGUGUUGACCUGUGGCCCCGUAUUGCAGCUAAGGCCGGCUCUGUUGUAUGAUUUAGAUAUGGUACAAUCGCAUUUUUUUUCAUCGUCUCACACUUCAUCAGUAACUAUUGUGCAAGUCAUAGUAGGCUAAGCAGUCUAUCAGUCAGUCUCGACCUGUGACAGCGUUACUUCAAUGGCCCAUCUAUCGCACCAAUAGGCCCAGUAAUGCAAUUCGCUAUCUGUGAAUGCAUUCAACUGUGGAAUUCGAAAACAGUGACUAUGCGUGCAUGAUAGUAUGACCGUCGUCAGUUGCAUCUUAUCUCACCAUUUCUGUCCGCGUUUACUUCCGGACUCCAGCCAUCAUAUGCCGCGAUUAACCUUUUUUGGCUUUCUGUGUGCCCUUGAUCUAAAAUGAAAUGCUAAACG